AUGGCAGCACAGCGGUUCCGAACAGAGGUCAACUACGAUGUCCUCGAGGUCCGCGAUGGACGUUUCCCCUCCUCACCUCUGAUUGGCAGUUACCAGGGCACACAGGUUCCACAGUUCCUCAUCAGUACCUCCAACUUUCUGUACCUGCUCUUCUCCACUGACAAGAGCCACUCGGACAUCGGUUUCCGCAUACGCUAUGAAACCUUGCAGUUACAGUCGGAUCACUGCGUGGACCCGGGCAUACCUGUCAACGGACAGCGGCAUGGCAACGAUUUCUAUGUCGGUGCCUUGGUGACAUUUAGUUGCGACGCAGGUUACACACUUAGCGACACGGAGCCUUUAGAAUGCGAACCCAAUUUUCAGUGGAGCCGGCCCCUGCCCAGCUGUGAUGCAUUAUGCGGAGGCUACAUCCAGGGCAACGUCGGUACCAUCUUGUCACCUGGCUUCCCAGACUUUUACCCGCACAACCUGAACUGCACAUGGAUAAUUGAGACCUCCCAUGGCAAAGGUGUCCAGUUCACCUUCCACACAUUCCAUCUUGAAAGCCCUCAUGACCAUUUACUGGUGACGGAGAACGGCAGCUUCUCUCAGCCCCUUUGGAGACUGACGGGCUCCACACUGCCCCCGCCCCUCAGCGCAGGGCUUUUUGGAAAUUACACGGCUCAGAUCCGCUUCCUGUCCGACUUCUCUGUUUCCUACGAAGGCUUCAACAUCACUUUCUCUGAGUAUGAUUUGGAGCCUUGUGAAGAUCCUGGAAUCCCACCCUACAGCACCAGAAAGGGUCUGCAGUACGGAGUGGGUGAUGCUCUCAUCUUCUCCGUUUUCCCGGUGUUACCGACUGGAGGAUUGCAGUGUGAUUAUGCUGAUGUGCCCAUCAGCAUUCAGGUACAGGUACCGGCCACACCCUCCCCCAUCACCUCUCCCAUCUCCUGA